AGGCAUGACUCUAGUAACUAAGGCACAUAUUGAACUAUUGAACUUAGUAUAAAAUAUAUUGAAUACUUCAUGACUUGAAAACUAAAGCAAAAGUACAAGAUUGUUCAAUUUACAAAUUUGUCAAAUUUACAAUUUUAUUAUUUUUAUUUUCGAAAUAUAUCGAAAUGAGCUGUGGAACUUAAAUGAAUGGACCACUGAUAAUCAGUGAUGACACCAAGUUUUCGCAAAAAGGGUAAGCAUGUCCUGCACUACGGGUAGCACCCGCCAUUCACACAAUUUGCAUAAAAAAGUAAGUAUUUUUUGCCUGAUGCCACCAGUGGGUGGAAACUUAUCACCAUGGCACUGUGCAUAUGGCCACAUAUCACCAUGGCUCUGUACAUAUGGACACAUAUCACCAUGGCACUGUGCAUAUGGCCACAUAUCACCAUGGCACUGUACAUAUGGACACAUAUCACCAUGGCACUGUACAUAUGGACACAUUUCACGAUGAUACUGUACAUAUGGACACAUAUCACCAUGGCACUGUACAUAUGGACACAUAUCACCAUGGCACUGUACACAUGGACACAUUUCACUAUGAUACUGUACAUAUGGACACAUAUCACCAAGGCACUGUACACAUGGACACAUAUCACCAUGGCACUGUACGUAUGGACACAUAUCACCAUGGCUCUGUACAUAUGGACACAUAUCACCAUUGCACUGUACAUAUGGCCACAUAUCACCAUGGCACUGUACAUAUGGACACAUAUCACCAUGGCACUGUGCAUAUGGACACAUAUCACCAUGGCACUGUACAUAUGGACAAAUAUCACCAUGUCACUGUACAUAUGGCCACAUAUCACCAUGGCACUGUACACAUGGACACAUGUCACUAUGAUACUGUACAUAUGGACACAUAUCACCAUGGCACUGUACACAUGGACACAUGUCACUAUGAUACUGUACAUAUGGCCACAUAUCACCAUGGCACAGUACAUAUGGACACACAUCACCAUGGCACUGUACAUAUGGACACAUUUCACUAUGAUACUGUACACAUGGACAUAUUUCACCAUGGCACUGUACAUAUGGACACAUAUCACCAUUGCACUGUACAUAUGGCCACAUAUCACCCAGGCACUGUACAUAUGGACACAUAUCACCAUAGCACUGUACAUAUGGACACAUAUCACCAUAGCACUGUACAUAUGGCCACAUGUCACUAUGAUACUGUACAAUGGACACAUAUCACCACGGCACUGUACACAUGGACACAUGUCACUAUGAUACUGUACAUAUGGCCACAUUUCACUAUGAUACUGUACAUAUGGCCACAUAUCACCAUGACACUGUACAUAUGAACACAUAUCACCAUGGCCCUGUACACAUGGACACAUUUCACUAUGAUACUGUACAUAUGGACACAUAUCACCAUUUCACUGUACAUAUGGACACAUAUCACCAUUGCACUGUACACAUGGACACAUGUCCCUAUGAUACUGUACACAUGGACACAUGUCACUAUGAUACUGUACAUAUGGCCACAUAUCACCAUGGCACUGUACAUAUGGACACAUAUCACCGUGACUCUACACGUGGCCACGUAUCACCCAGGCACUGUACACAUGGACACAUGUCACUAUGAUACUGUACAUAUGGCCACAUAUCACUAUUGCACUGUACAUAUGGCCACAUAUCACCCAGGCACUGUACAUAUGGACACAUAUCACCAUAGCACUGUACAUAUGGACACAUAUCACCAUAGCACUGUACAUAUGGCCACAUGUCACUAUGAUACUGUACAUAUGGCCACAUAUCACCAUGGCACUGUACACAUGGACACAUGUCACUAUGAUACUGUACAUAUGGCCACAUUUCACUAUGAUACUGUACAUAUGGACACAUAUCACCAUGGCACUGUACAUAUGGACACAUAUCACCAUGGCACUGUACACAUGGACACAUUUCACUAUGAUACUGUACAUAUGGACACAUAUCACCAUUUCACUGUACAUAUGGACACAUAUCACCAUGGCACUGUACACAUGGACACAUGUCACUAUGAUACUGUACACAUGGACACAUGUCACUAUGAUACUGUACAUAUGGCCACAUAUCACCAUGGCACUGUACAUAUGGACACAUAUCACCAAGGCACUCUACACGUGGCCACGUAUCACCCAGGCACUGUACACAUGGACACAUGUCACUAUGAUACUGUACAUAUGGCCACAUAUCACCAUGGCACUGUACAUAUGGCCACAUAUCACCAUUGCACUGUACAUAUGGCCACAUAUCACCAUGGCACUGUACACAUGGACACAUGUCACUAUGAUACUGUACAUAUGGCCACAUAUCACCAUGGCACUGUACAUAUGGACACAUAUCACCAUGGCACUGUACACAUGGACACAUGUCACUAUGAUACUGUACAUAUGGCCACAUAUCACCAUGGCACUGUACACAUGGACACAUUUUACUAUGAUACUGUACAUAUGGACACAUGUCACUAUGAUACUGUACAUAUGGACACAUGUCACUAUGAUACUGUACACAUGGCCGCAUAUCACCAUGGCACUGUACACAUGGCCACAUAUCACCAUGGCACUGUACAUAUGGACACAUAUCACCAUGGCACUGUGCAUAUUGCCACAUAUCACCAUGGCACUGUACACAUGGACACAUGUCACUAUGAUACUGUACACAUGGACACAUGUCACUAUGAUACUGUACAUAUUGCCACACAUCACCAUGGCACUGUACAUAUGGACACAUAUCACCAUGGCACUGUGCAUAUGGCCACAUAUCACCAUGGCACUGUACACAUGGACACAUUUCACUAUGAUACUGUACAUAUGGACACAUAUCACCAUUUCACUGUACAUAUGGACACAUAUCACCAUUGCACUGUACACAUGGACACAUGUCACUAUGAUACUGUACACAUGGACACAUGUCACUAUGAUACUGUACAUAUGGCCCACAUAUCACCAUAGCACUGUACAUAUGGACACAUGUCACUAUGAUACUGUACAUAUGGCCACAUGUCACUAUGAUACUGUACACAUGAACACAUGUCACUAUGGUACUGUACAUAUGGCCACAUAUCACCAUGGCACUGUACAUAUGGCCACAUAUCACCAUAGCACUGUACAUAUGGACACAUGUCACUAUGAUACUGUACAUAUGGCCACAUAUCACCAUGGCACUGUACAUAUGGCCACAUAUCACCAUGGCACUGUACAUAUGGCCACAUUUCACCCAGGCACUGUACACAUGGACACAUGUCACUAUCAUACUGUACAUAUGGACACAUCUCACCAUGACACUACAUAUGUACAAAUUAAUAAUAACGAUAUAGCAGUACUAUUUACCAUUCGACUAUUUUUUGUCUCUACAAGGAAUUACACAAGGCUGUCUGAGCCCCUACCGACUUCAAUUACUGGUAAACUAUAGGAAUUGCGAUCACUUAAAGAAAUAUUUUAUUUUAUGCAGUAGAAUGACAUAUUGGUCACUGUUUAAAGGUAGUCUAUAUGACGAGACACUCGUAAGGUCUUCAUACUGUCUCACCGAUUGUGUUUUAAAAAGAAUUCACGAUCAUUUCGGUGGAAUUUUCAAUCAACAAUGGUGAAUUAUAUAUCCCAUCUUCAGCGCCGGUCACUCGGAAUAGCUUGUUAUAAUCUAAUAUUUCCAUCACACACAAAAAUUAAAUUAUCCAAACCUUGAUACGAUGUUAAAUUUGAAAGUACAAAUGACAGAUUACAGCUACAAUCCAUCAUUUAUCUGGAAUCGAUUCCCCUUGUUCGGGUUGUGUGUUUGUGUCUUGCACGGACAGAAAGAGUUUGUCAAAUUUCCAAACUUGGUGAAUGCCACUGUCCACUCAGACACUGACAUGUUAUUUGGCUUUAUUCAUCAGUUCGUAUUUGUUUAUUAGGUUGUUGUCACUAACUUAAAAAGGUUAAGUAGCAAUCUCAUAUACUUUCAUUGUCAGCUUCCUGUAUGAGAGAUAUACUGUUAUGCAUACAGCAACAAUACACUGGUUAACACAAACAAUUUUAUACCUAUGCGGGAUGCGUACCAGCUACCUCUUGCUUUGUAGUUCUUCAUGGAACCAAUCUAAUAUAUCUUGAAAAUGAGUUAUUCUUCAUAUAUUAACCAACAUGUAUGGUAUUCGCGUUUCUUUUGCGGUGAGUGUAUAUUUUACACCUCAUCAUAUUUGACUUAUAGCCUGAUGAUAUGCACAUUAUUCAACAUGUUUAAAUUCUAAACAUGUCUAAAGGUGUUUAAAUUCUAAACAUAUUAAAAGAUAAUUAAAUUCUAAACAUAUUUAAAGAUGUUAAAGGUGUUUUAAUUCUAAACAUAUUUAAAGAUGUUAAAGGUGUUUUAAUUCUAAACAUAUUUAAAGGUGCUUAAAUUCCAAACAUAUUUAAAGAUGUUUAAAUUCUAAACAUGUCUAAUAGUGUUUUAAUUCUAAUUAUAUUUGAAGGUGUUUAAACUCUUAACACAUUUAAAGGUGUUUAAAUUCUAAACAUGUUUAAAGGUCUUUAAAUUAAAAACAUGUUAUUGGGAUGUCGUGUUCAGGUGGUGUUCAGACUAUGAGGCGAUAGCUCAGUUCAAGUGUUCAGUUCAUGUGAAUAUUAUAAAAAGGUCAUUUUUCAAAACCCACAAAGAAAAGAAAGAACAAUGUGUGCUGAAGAAUGUCAGUGCACGAACAGGACACUACACUGCUUAAGGACAACGUUGACAAUAAAGAUCCCCAGAUGGCGCUGCAAUUUGUAAAACAUUCCGAGUUUAAUCGCCUUGUUCCGCCGUGUAUAUAAUAAAUGCAAGUGCUCAUUGUAUUACGUCAUUCCUCGUGCACUCAGCGUGUGACGUCAAACACGAAGGUGUUAUGAUGCCAAGUUAAUUUUCUGACGCACAUGUUCAUGAGAAGACGUUUGGUGAGAAUAUUGCGGCACUUGGUGUACCCAAGUACAUAUUACGACUAUACUAUUACUCAGAGAUGCAAAAUGUUAAAUUUCCUGGCUGAUGGUGUAAAUGUCACUGCAAAUAUUUUACCAAUUUGAAAAAGAGACACUGCUAAGUAUUGUCCGAGAUUUCGUUAUGCGUAAAAAACAAAGAAUUUCGACACCGAUAAAAGUCCUGAGCGACGAUCUGUCCCAAUGUGGUUUCAAACGAACGACAGUAAUACAUGCUAAGCGUUAACUGUUUGUUUAUAGAAAGGUCGGGACAGAUGUCGGAUUACGUAGAGUAUAUUAUUCAUCAAAACGAGCCGCUUUUCCGGAGACCACUAUGACAAGUAGUCUCAAUACUACCAGCAUAUGUGUGUGACGUUACAACUUUGUGUGUACUGUCAUCGAGGGUUGUGUACCGCCAUCCUGCCUGGCAAGUAAAGUAUGUCAACCAAACACACUCUGUUUGUGAUGUCUUAUAGAACCCCCUGAUUCAUGUCUUUGUCUCAGACAGACAUGAAGACUUAAACAAGGAUGACAGCACGUUCGAUACAUUAACGCAGCAUGUUUAAAUAGAAUAUCUAUCUAUCCAUAGAUACAUCCAUAGAUAUUUCCUAGAUGCACAAGGAAAGGCGUAACACAAUGAGCACUUCGGCAUGCAUUUAUUAUAUACACGGCGGAACAAGCCGAUUAAACUCGGAAUGUUUUACAAAUUGCAGCGCCACCUGGCGUUAUUUAUUGUCAACGUUGUCAUUUAGCAAUGUAGUGUCCUUUCGUGCACAGACGUUCUUCAGCACACAUUGUCUUUCUUUACAUAUGACGUAUUUUGUUUGCCAGUUGUUCAUUUGUAUUGUUUUUAUUUUGAAUAAAUUAUUCGCAUAAUGACA